GUUGUUUUGAAAUUUUGCCAGAAUGAGGUACUCAUUGUUUCUUUCAAUUUUCACCAUCGGGUUCUGCGCAGGUAAUUCGCCUUGUUCAAUUAAAGAUGAUCCACAACUUGAACAGAAAUAUAUGGAUGCUUUGUUAAAAUAUACCAGGUGUUACUGGAGUUUCCUGACCAUCAUUGAUUUUCAGUCUGAAAAAAGAGUGGAGUCUUUAUUAAAAAAUGGUAGUGUUUCUGAAGACCUUAAAAUAAUUUAUAACUUCGCCAGUGCAGCUCCAGAUUGCGUUAGACACAUAAAUGAAUUGGGAGCCGCGUGUUUGCCCUUAGAAGGGAUAAAUUACAUGAACAGAACUCAAGCGGCCUACAGUCGAAUAUUGGAAUAUAUGUUUGGGAAUGAUUCUCAAAGGACCAUGGAUUUCAUUGAAAGUCGGGGUUUUCCGUGCUCUAUCAAAGAAAAAUUGUUCCAAAAAUGUUUCAAAUCUCAGCCCUACUUUCCUAUACCUUUAGUCCGGCAAGAAGAGUCCGUUUCCUUAACAGAUAAAGAAGAACAGAGCUGCAGGUUUUAUGGUGAUGUUGAAACUUGUAUGGAAGAUUUGAUUCCGCAAAAGUGUCCAAAUGCAACAACUUAUAUACCUGACAUGAUAGAAAUAAUAAAGACUACGGUUUGUGUAUCGGAAAAUAUACCAUCCAAAGCAAAAGCGGCAGAAUCCAUCUUUGAGAUCAGCAAUUAUGCACUUCAAUCUGUUGGUGAACGAAGAACUAGAAUAACGCGUGGUACUAAUGGAAUAGAGAGCAAAGUUGCUUUACCUUUUACAGAUGAACUUUCAAGAACUUGUGAACAUAACAGAGAAUUAGAUCGCAGCAUAAAUCGUUUCGCGACAUGUGUGAAGUCGAAACCAAUAUUUGUCACUCCCAGGGAUGAAUUUAUAGAGAAUUUAAGAAAUUGCAGCACUGAAACUAAACAGAUACUUCACCAAUGUUUGCCUCCAAAGCUUCAGUAUCUUCCAGAGUUUAUAUUUGCAUUGUCAGAGUCUUCGUCUAAGUUGGUGUAUGAUGAUUCUAAAGAAAUCGCAGGAGGAUUAACUCCCUGUAUACCGGAACUGAGAAGCAGCGAAAGUCAGAAGAAGUACACGAAAUGUGUUACAGAUGCAAGAGGAACCAGUAGUAAUAAGCUUCCUGGAUCAAAAAAAAUAUUGUGCCAAAAUUUUAUACCAAUUAGUGAGUGCUAUGUGAAACAAAUCAAUGGUACAUGCACCCUCAACAGUGAUCUGGAGAAAUUCACCAAAGAUUAUAUGAAGGCGGUAAAGGAACCUUGUUCAGAUUAGCUCAAUUCAUUCAUGAUUAUGGAAUUUGUUCAAUCAUUUUGAAACACGUAGAUCAAAUUUAUAUAAUAACACAUGCAAUAUAUAAUUUCUAAUCAAUGUUUCUUUAAUUUUU